AUGCCACAUUUCCAGGCUGGCGGGGCGAUCAUCAAGGCAUGGAACGCGGCCAAGCCGGGAAUCUCCCAGGACGUCGUUGCAUACGACUCGGUGGGAUCAGGCGCCGGAAUCACCGGAUUCAACGGCGGCACCUACCUCAUUGCCGUCUCCGAUGAUCCCAUGACCGCCGCGCAAGAGGGAGGCGUCGUCGCCAGCGGCAAGAUCACCGUGCCUCUCUGCGUCUCCACCUUCAGCUUCUUCGUCAACGGAAAGCCUGGCAUCGUUCUGACGGCCACCCAGACGUUCCAGAUCUACAGCGGCGCGAUCACCGCGUGGUCCGCCGUUCCCGGCGCGGUGGGCAAGGUCGCGGGCGCCAUCACCGCCGUGGGGCGCAGCGACAAGUCCGGAAGUACCGCCAUUGUCAAGACCAUGUGGUCUAAGGCCGUGUCCGGGUACAGCGGCGGCACGGACGGCACAGCCCUGACUUACGCCGGCGUCACCAAGGUAGAGGGCACGAGCGCCGUGUGCGCCGCCGUGCUCAAGACCAAGGGCGCCAUCGGUUACGCGUUCACCGGCGGAUGCAGCGUCGUGCCUUACAACGCCAGGAAGCCCAACAACCCGAAGCGCGUGAUCGCCGCGCUCAAGAACGCCAAUGGCGUCGCCGUCGGGCCGCCCUCGUGGACCCCCGGGACGGCGCUCGUGGGCGCGCCUCCCGCAGCCGACGGGUCCUGGAGCAGCGUGGACUUCAUCUGGAAGGCCGGAGCCAAGACCCCUGCGAUGGUUUCCAUGGAGUUUGGGUUCAUCCGCAAGUCGCUGACGGGCGUGACUGGCGGGAAGAUUGCCAAGGCGUUCAUGCAGUUCAUGAUUGGGAAGCUGGCAAAGGGUGGGUAUGGGUUCAACGCGCCACCCCCAUAUUUUCCCCCUGCUUAUGCACUGCUUCCCCCCUGCUUACCCUCUGUUCUUCCCUUCUUACCCUUUGUUUCCCCCCCGCUUACCCCUUGUUUCCCCCCUGAUCUCUCUUCCCUCCCUGCUCUCUCUUCCCUCCCUGAUCUCUCUUCCCUCCCUGAUCUCUCUACCCUCCCUGCUCUCUCUUCCCUCCCUGCUCUCUCUUCCCUCCAUGAUCUCUCUUCCCUCCCUGCUCUCUCUUCCCUCCCUGAUCUCUCUUCCCUCCCUGCUCUCUCUUCCCUCCCUGAUCUCUCUUCCCUCCCUGAUCUCUCUACCCUCCCUGCUCUCUCUUCCCUCCCUGAUCUCUCUUCCCUCCCUGCUCUCUCUUCCCUCCCUGAUCUCUCUACCCUCCCUGCUCUCUCUUCCCUCCCUGAUCUCUCUUCCCUCCCUGCUCUCUCUUCCCUCCCUGAUCUCUCUUCCCUCCCUGCUCUCUCUUCCCUCCCUGCUCUCUGUUCCCUCCCUGCUCUCUCUUCCCUCCCUGCUCUGUCAUCCAUCCCUGCUCUCUCUUCCCUCCCUGCUCUCUCUUCCCUCCCUGCUCUCUCUUCCCUCCCUGCUCUCUCUUCCCUCCCUGCUCUCUCUUCCCUCCCUGCUCUCUCUUCCCUCCCUGAUCUCUCUUCCCUCCCUGCUCUCUCUUCCCUCCCUGCUCUCUGUUCCCUCCCUGCUCUCUCUUCCCUCCCUGCUCUGUCAUCCAUCCCUGCUCUCUCUUCCCUCCCUGCUCUCUCUUCCCUCCCUGCUCUCUCUUCCCUCCCUGCUCUCUCUUCCCUCCCUGCUCUCUCUUCCCUCCCUGCUCUCUCUUCCCUCCCUGAUCUCUCUUCCCUCCCUGAUCUCUCUUCCCUCCCUGAUCUCUCUUCCCUCCCUGUUCUCUCUUCCGUGGUGGGAAUGAUCGCCAUCAACGAUGGUGUGCUGCUCAACUCACACAUCUUCCUCAUCCUGCGCCGCCACUUCUCCUUCCAUCCCGCCUACACCCGCCUGCUUGACCUGUUUAAUGAGAUGCUCGUCCUCAUCACCACGCCUUCCAUUUAUUUAUUCUGCUCCUCCCCCCUCCCGCCUCCCUCCCUCCCCCUUGCCUCCUCUGCACGGGACCUAUACAUGGGCAAUGAGCCGAGCCGAGUGACAUACCAGACAGCGUGUGGGCAGAUGCUUGACCUCAUCACCACUCCUUCCAUCUGUCUGUUCCCCUCUUACCCCUUCCUCUCCCCUCUUCCCCCUCCAAUCUUCCUCCUCUGCAGAUACCACAAAAUCCGUUCCUUUCAUCCGUCCACCAUCCGUCCCUUCUUCCUUACAACUUCUCCUGACGUCCGUCCCCUCCUUUCCAUCCCACUCUUCCCCCGCCCCUCCUCUCUCCCUUCCCCAACUCUUCCCCCAUUUGUUUCCCCUGCCCCUUGUUCUCCCUCCCAGCUACCUAAAGAUUGUGCAGUACAAGACGGCAUACUACUCCUUCUACCUCCCUGUAAGCGUCUUCCUUUCUCUCUCCCUGCAAUGAUACUUUUCCUCGAGCUGACUUUUGAGUCGACUCAAUAUUCAGAUCGUGCAGUACGAGACAGCCUACUACUCCUUCUACCUCCCUGUAAGCGUCUUCCUUUCUCCCUCCCUCCUGUCCGUCCUCACCGCAUCCCUGUGGCAACGGCGUUGAUCCUGGCAGGAGUGGAGGACGCAGCACUGGCAGCACAGGCGAGGGAGAUCCUGGUGGUGAUGGGGACGUACUGUCAGAUGCAGGACGACGUGCUCGACUGCUUUGGUGACCCCGCUGUCAUCGGCAAGCCAUUCCUGUGUUACGCCUCCCCUCUCACCAGCCUUCUAUUCCCUCCUCCCCUCGGCUCCCUCUCUGACUGGCAUGGCAGGAUCACGAACACCAAGGCGAUGCUGGCGCUGCUGUACACGUUUGAGAGUCUGGGGUACCGCCUGUUCCACGUGGAGACGAACCCGCUGUGCCUCAUCUGCAUCGAGGUGGCCUACAUCCACGACUCCCUCCUCCAGCCCGCCAACCCCCAGGCCUGCCCCAAAGCCCCCCUCAACGACCCUGCCACCCCGCUUCAUGAAUAG